CGGUCGAAGAGGGGUCCACCCUGUCGAGCCGGAAAAAUUACAUAAGUUGUAUGAGCUUCUCAGAGUCCUCACCAUUGGGACUAAUGGUCAAGCCUGGUCAUCUCCUCCUCCUCCUCCACCUCAUCAUCUCCCUUUCCUCUUUGCAUUCGCCAUCAAAUUCCACACCAUCUUUUUUAAGCCCAUUAGUGCUCGAUGAAGACGACGGCGGCCAGUUCUGCAACGGCACAGACAUCCCCUUCCCCUUCGGCAUCUCAGGUUACAAGUCUUUAGCACCAGGCUUUAACAUCACCUGCAAUCAAGGAAACGGAAAUCUUCAAACUUCACCCCCACGACUCAAACUCUUCUCCGAUGAGCUUCCCAUCAUCGACAUAUCUCUCAACGAUGGCUUUCUCCGCGUCAACCUUGACCCCUUAAACUGGCGCUGCGAUAGUCCCUUUGCGGAAGAACCAAGCAAAUAUCGAGACCUCCUCAAAGACUCCCCCUUUACCUUCUCCUCGACUCAAAAUGUGCUUACUGUAAUAGGCUGCGACGCGAUGGUUUUCCUACAGCAGCAGGAGAACAACAAGACCGUUAAUAGAAGCUGCGUCUCGUUCUGCGAGAGUACAGAGAGUGUAGUGGAUGGAUUUUGUUCUGGUGUGGGUUGUUGCCAGGCUUCCUUACCCGAAAAUCUGAAAAGCUUCGACCUUGAUUUUCAAAGCAUUCGAAACACGAUAGGAUCGAAUGUGACAAACAUGCUGUGUGGCAGGGCGUUCAUUCUGGAACAGAAAGCUUUUGAAUUUUCAGCGGAAGAUAUUAAUGGAGUGGUAGAAGGAGGUGCGCCGAGGUCUGUCGUGCUCAAUUGGUCGAUUGGGAAUAAGUCAUGUGAUGAGGCUAAGAGGAGUGGUGCCGAUUCUUAUAUUUGUGCGGAGAGAUCAGAGUGCAAUGAUUCGAGUACUGGAGUUGGAUAUCUGUGCCGUUGCUUGGAAGGAUAUGAUGGCAAUCCUUAUAUACCAGAUGGAUGCAAAGAUGUCGAUGAGUGCAGCGUCAAUGGGACAAGCCCGUGUACAAGGAAAUGCUUGAAUUUUGACGGAGGUUACCGUUGUUCCUGCCCCUUUGGAACAACCGGCGAUGGCAAGAAACAAGGCAGCGGCUGCGAGAGAGUUGCGCCAAUCGAGAUUGCUUUGGCUGCUGGGCUCUUCCUUUUGCUUCUCCUCUUUGUUUUGGGCCUGUUAACUUACAGAAAGCUGAGGGGACGACGUGUUGAAAUGCUCAAGCAGAAGAAUUUCAUGCGGAACGGAGGACUUCUGCUACAGCAGCACUUAUCUGUCAGAGAGGUCGCCGCCAAGAUCUUCACGGCCAGCGAGCUUGAAACGGCAACUGACAAUUUCAGUGACAACCACAUAUUGGGGCAUGGCGGGUACGGUACAGUUUAUAAAGGAACAUUGUCUGAUGGUAGGGAAGUUGCGAUCAAGAAAUCGAAGCUGGUGGAUGAGACUCAGAUCGAGCAGUUUAUUAAUGAAAUGGUCAUUCUUUCUCAGAUCAAUCACAGGAACGUGGUUAAGUUGCUGGGCUGCUGCUUGGAAACACAGGUGCCUCUUCUCGUCUAUGAAUUCAUCUCCAAUGGAACCCUCUUCGACCACAUGCAUUCGGACAGCGAAUUAAAAACGUCGCCUUUAUCGUGGGAAACUCGCCUGCGAAUUGCAGGGGAGACGGCGGCGGCUCUUGCUUAUCUGCACAAAGCGGCUUCAACGCCCAUCAUUCACAGGGAUGUGAAGUCGGCCAACAUACUUUUGGAUGAGGAGUUUACUGCAAAAGUUUCGGAUUUUGGAGCUUCAAGGCUUGUUCCUUAUAAUCAGACUCAUGUUACGACGGUGGUGCAGGGAACUCUGGGCUACUUAGACCCGGAGUACUUUCACACCGGCUUGCUCUCGGAGAAGAGCGAUGUGUACAGCUUCGGUGUUGUUCUGGUUGAGCUCUUGACUGCAGAGAAGCCGGUUUCAUUUUCUAAGUCGGAGGAGCAAAGGAACCUGGCGUCAUAUUUUGUUGGGUUGGAGAAAGAGAACAGAAUAUUAGAAAUAGUGGAUCGGCGGGUGGCUAAGGAUGCAGAGCCGCUGAGCUUGUCUGCGGCGGCGGAGCUUGCGAGGAGGUGUUUGAAUGUUAGAGGAGAGGAUAGGCCGAUGAUGAAGGAAGUGGCGGUGGAGCUCAAUGCGCUGAGAAGCCUUCUCAUGCUUAGAAGGCCGCCGGAAAGGAGUGCUGCAGAAGAGCAGAGUAGAUGUCUGCUUAGGCCUCUGAAUAUUUGCAGGAAUGAUGGGGAAAUUAGCAUGGAAAGCUCAAUAUCUGAUGCUGUUUACUGAACGGAAAGCUCAAUAGGGGAUCACUAAGAAAGUUUUUUUAGGCAUAAGAAAUCAUUUUUAGUCUAUUUAGGAUGAGAUUUUAAGUUUCAAUCUUGAGUGAUUACCUCCAUUAAGCGCCCAACAUUGGGCAAAUUAUUGUGUCUGGUGUCCGGAUUCGUCCUGACACCAAUAAAAACGCGUCACGUCACUCAAAAAUACCUGGGCCCAGUGCAUCCGGGUGAGAUGUCGUGCCCGAAUUAGAUGUCCGCAUUUCAGGUGACAGGACGCAAUCAUUUGCCCCAACAUUGAGACUCAACAAAUACAUAGUAAAAUGAUGUAUUUUUCUAGUUAUUUCCAUGUUUUCUAGUGUGUACUGUCUUUUUUGGCAUGUUGUUAUAAAUAAUGGGUCCCUAAUCAUGUAAAUUUUUAACCUCAUAUAUAUACUCUCCUUGCAAUUU